AACAAAAAUAACAAAACAAAACAAAAAUAUAACCAAACAUUAAAUAUAUCAAAACGUUUUAACGACCCAAUUGCAAGUGCAAAUUGUAGCAAUGGCUAAAGCUGUUAUUGGAUUCACCAUUGUCAAACCACGUAUCCAUUGCUCUACUUUCCAAACAACAUGUUCAAAAUCGCUUAGGCAGUUUUCAAGCUCUGGACUUUUCAGUGAGUGGCAACGGGAAAAGGGUAAAAGAGGUCGUUUAAGCAAAGCAAAUGCUCUCCCGGAUUUGCCCUUAAUGGCCGUACUAGUGGAGAAGCUUGGAGGACAAAUGGACUAUGUUAUGCAUAAAACUAUUUGGCAUCUAAGUGAUGAUACCAUUAAGAAUGUCUAUGUUGGCUACAUCUUUUUUACUUGUUGGGGGUGUUUAGUUUUUGGUUCCAUGAAGGAUCCAUACUACGAUUCUGAGGCAUAUAGGAAAGAUGGAGGAGAUGGGACUGGACAUUGGAUCUAUGAGAAGCAAGAAGACAUUGAAGAAACCGCAAGAUCAGAGUUGUGGAGGGAAGAGCUCAUUGAGGAGAUUGAGCAAAAAGUUGGAGGGCUUAGAGAGUUGGAAGAGGCUGGCAAGAAGUAGUAAAACUACAUUAUAUCUUGUGACAAAGAACUUGUUUUCUGCAAUUGCCAUGGCAAAUGUUGCUUUCUACACAUUGGACUAUUAUUGUAGUUGUAUAUAUUAUUCUGAAGUUCUGUAUGCUUAAUCGGCAUUAACGUUUCACACAUGCAAAUUACAAACUAACACUUGGAAAUAACCUGUUGAUGAUACCAAUG